AUGUACCCCAACGCCUCCGGCGCAGAGCCAAACACAGCCCCGAACUUCACGCACGUUUCCAAACACAUCUCAUCGCCCAGACAUCCAACCCACGACCGCACCAACAGCAACCUAUCCUCUUCCUCUGAUGCCUCAAAUAUUGCGCCCGGUCCCGAUACCUCAAUCUACCCGGACGGCAAGAUGUCGCUGGCGGGGAUCUCACUGCGCGCAAUGCUCCUCGGAACCAGCCUCGGGCUAUCCGCAAGCAUGGCGUUAUUCCUAAGCACUGUGUACCAAACCACACUCUGGCGCAUUCCCUUCUUUGUCGCCUCCCUGAGUUUGUUCCACUUCCUGGAGUUCUACGUGACGGCGCGGUACAACACGCGGUAUGCGACAGUCUCUGCGUUCUUGUUGUCAUCGAACGGAUGGGCAUAUAAUAUGGCACACGGAUCUGCCAUUGUGGAAUGCCUUGUUUCGCACAUUUUCUGGCCCGGGCAGACUGCUGCUGGGCGGUGGGUCACUGUGACUGAACCGUUUUUCGGAAGCUUGGUCUCGCUGCUGCUUGUCGCAGGCUUUGUCCUUUUGUUGAUUGGACAGGUUGUUCGGACUAUUGCUAUGGCGCAGGCUGCUAGUAACUUCAAUCACCAUGUGCAGAGUCAGCAUCAGGAGGGCCAUGUUUUGGUUAAUUCCGGUCUUUAUCGGUAUCUGCGGCAUCCGAGCUACUUUGGAUUCUUCUGGUGGGGCCUGGGAACGCAGCUGGUACUGGGGAAUAUGAUUUGUUUCGUGGGAUAUGCCUUGGUGUUGUGGCAGUUCUUCUCGAGCCGGAUCAAGCGCGAAGAAGCUUACCUGGUUUCUUUCUUUGGCGACGAGUAUGUUCAGUACAGAAAAGCAACCCCGGUUGGUAUUCCGGGCAUUUAG